GGAGCCGCGCGAGGUCGAGCACGCGGCGGGGCGGGGAAGAUGGCGGCGCCCGUGGCAGUCUGUCAUGUCGCCUGCUGCGCCAACCGGGCGGGCGGCGGGGCUGUGUCCUGGGGGCGGGGGGGGCUCCUCGCCUUCGGCAGCUGCCGCGACGUCGUCCUCUACGAGCCGGCGGCCAGGCGGACGGCCGCCGCUCUCCGCGGCCACGCCGGCAGGGUGAAUUGUGUGCGCUGGGUCCGCCGGCGGGACGGCGCUUCUGAAACAGGGUUAAUUUCUGGUGGAUCUGAUAAACAACUCAUUCUUUGGGAAUGGUAUGGAACAGUAACAUGGAAUAAUCAGCUUGUGAAAAGCAUUCCUCUCAAAGGCCAUACUGAAGCUGUUUGUGCUGUGGAUGCUGUCUACCAGUCAGAUGAACCUGAUUUAAAUCUGCUGAUAGCUUCUGCAGCUUCUGACUCUACUGUGAGAAUCUGGUCUCGGCAUGGUUCAGAAGCUAAAUGCAUUGAAAUUCUGCAGUUUGGAAAUGGAUUUGUUAUGGAUGUCUGCUUAUCCUUCUUGCCUGGCAGCAAUGUACCAAUACUGGCUUGUGGUGGUGAUGACUGCAAAAUAAGUUUGUUUAUACAGCAGAAUGGUCAGUUUCAGAAAACGUUAAUACUCCCCGGCCAUGAAGACUGGAUAAGAGGCAUCGAGUGGGCCACCUGUGGUGAAGACCUUUUCUUAGCAAGCUGUGCUCAGGAUUGUUUGAUAAGAAUUUGGAAAGUGUGUACAAAAUCAAAGCAAAUUCCAGAAACUGAAGAUGAUACCGUAAGACUGAAAGAGAAUGUUUUUACUGUCAAGGAUACUGAUACAACAUAUGCAGUUACUUUGGAGUCGGUGUUGGCUGGUCAUGAAAACUGGGUGUAUGCAGUUCACUGGCAACCUUCAUUUUCCAAAGAUGGCAGCAUGCAACAACCAAUGAGGAUAUUGUCUGCGUCAAUGGACAAAACUGUGAUCAUCUGGGAACCUGAUAAGGAAACUGGAGUCUGGCUAGAACAGGUGCGGGUCGGUGAAGUGGGUGGCAAUACCCUUGGAUUUUUUGACUGCCAGUUUAGUCCAGAUGGUUCAAUGAUUGUUGCUCAUGCUUUUCAUGGAGCACUACACCUUUGGAAACAGGCUACAGUUAAUAAGAAAGAAUGGACUCCACAAGUUGUGAUUUCAGGACAUUUUAACAGCGUAGAGGAUGUAAAGUGGGAUCCAGAAGGAGAGUUUAUCAUCAGUGUUGGUUCUGAUCAAACUACUAGACUCUUCGCUCCAUGGAAAAGAAAACAAGAGACAGAGGUAACCUGGCAUGAAAUUGCAAGGCCUCAAGUACAUGGGUACGACAUGCGUUGUCUGGCAAUGAUCGGCCGGUUUCAGUUUGUGUCGGGAGCAGAUGAAAAAGUGCUUCGAGUUUUUCGUGCUCCCAAGAAUUUUAUAGAAAAUUUCAGUAACAUCACUGGAAUUCCAAUGGAGAAGCUGUGCUCCCACCAAUCAUCUGAUCUUCCGGAAGGUGCAACUGUGCCAGCUUUGGGAUUAUCCAAUAAAGCUGUUUUUGAAGGAGAUAUGGCUGUUCAACCAGCUGAGGAUGAAGAAACAUUUAAUACCAUUUCAAAUCAGUAUCCUGAGAUUUAUUUUCAACCCUUGAUCCUUACAGAACCUCCCCCAGAGGAUCACUUGCUGCAGAAUACCUUGUGGCCUGAAAUUCAGAAGUUGUAUGGACAUGGAUAUGAAAUUUUUUGUGUUGCUUGCAAUAAUUCAAAUACUGUAAUAGCCUCAGCAUGUAAGGCUUCCAAAAAAGAACAUGCAGCAAUUAUUUUGUGGAGCACUCGUUCUUGGAAGAAACUGCAGAGUUUGUUGUUUCACAAUCUGACUGUUACUCAACUGGCAUUUUCUCCUAAUGACAAAUUUUUAUUAGCGGUUUCUAGAGACAGGAGUUGGUCGCUGUGGAGGAAACAAGACUCAUCAGAGACAGGACCAGUCUUCAGUUGCUGUGCAUACACAGACAAAAAUACAGCUGUUCACAGUCGAAUCAUUUGGUCUUGUGAUUGGACACCAGAUAGCAAAUAUUUUAUUACUGGCAGUCGGGACAAAAAGGUCAUUAUCUGGGGCCAGUGUGAUUUACCUGUGACUACUGAAGGGAAUAUGUUGGAUUCAGUCAAGCCCUGUUCAGCAGUACUGGAUGCCGGGGAUUCUGUUACUGCUGUUAGUAUCAGCCGUGUGCUUGCUCCUGAUGGAAGAUAUAUUGUUGCGGUAGGCUUAGAGAGUGGGAAGAUUAUCUUGUACACAUGGAAGCAAAGUGGGCAAGAGCCAGCAGUAGCUGAUUGGACCACUUGUGUGGAGAUGGAUAACAGCCAAAGUCAUGCUCUUGCUGUGAAACGUUUAUGUUGGAGACACCAUGCGGGCAGAGCUGGACAUAAUGAUCAGAACAGCAGUGAGUGGUUGCAGCUUGCAAGUUGUGGAGCUGAUCACUGUGUUAAGAUAUUCAAUGUCAACAGAUUUGCUCUGUAGCAAAGGCAGCAGGCCUGUCUCUGCAGAAAGAAUUCACAACAUUUUAUUUCAGCUUUAACCAUUUUGAUUGUUGAAUUUUCUGUUUUCUGCUGUGGAAGGUGAAACAACUGAAAUAUAACUUAUUAAAGCAACUUUUGUGGUAGUUUGAAAUGUCAAAUAUUUUUCUAAUUCUGCAGUUCCAGGAAUAUGAAGUGUUUUAUAUGUUUUAGUUGGUGAAUAUCCUGGAGCUGAGGGCUGGGAGGUGGGGUAGGGCAUGGGAGAAGGAUGAUGAGACAGCUUUGUUCUCUGUGACUCUGGGGGUAGGUGGGAAGCUGCCAGUACUUGGGGCAUUCUGUGCUUGGGAUUGCGAGUGGAGUAUUGAAUUGUUUUGAACUCCUUAUUCCUCUUAAACUCAACUGUCAGUUGACCUGCCAAUGCUGACACUGUGGGUUUAAAUGUGUGCAGUUAACCAGAGAUCAGAGUUAAAUAUACCACUUUCUCUGAUUGCUUUCUGAAUGUAUAUUACGGCCCUGAUCUGAGUCUUAGACCACCUUACUUUAGAAGGAGUAGUUUGUGUCUGCAUGCUUGGACAGGCCCGCUUGUUUGUUUUUCCUAUGUAUAUUCCUCUUCCUUCUGCUGUGCAGAGUGCUGGGCUCAUAUUUCUUGGUCAUGUGGGGCUUAAAUCCUAACUCGCAGACCACUUACAUCUUCUGGUGGUCUCCCCUGUGGACCCGUGAGUCCUCUCUGAGCAGAGUGCCUUAGAAGAGCCACCUCUUAUCUCCUUGAGGGCUGUCCUCUACAGUUUGGGCUGGAAAAGCUUACAGACAUCGGUAGGCAGGAGCUGAAAGGUGGUAGCUAUUCCUUAUACUGCCUUUGGACUCUUCCUGACUUUUGAGUGCUCCUUACCUGUUCUGGUGAGAAGUUGAACUGGUUACCUUAUUUGUCUGAUUGUCUUGUAAUUUAAAUAGAAUCAUAAUAGACCUCCUCAGGUCUGUCUCCAAUUCCAAAGUCUAAUUAUAAAUCAGUUAAACUUUGGGAGUGAAAUUAUUUUUGUUCCUGAACAACUUGCUACCCAAACUGGUAGUGCAGAAAUAAUUGGAAUUGUGCUUAACUUUUUACUGUGUUAUAUCUUUAGCUAAAGAAUACAGUUCAUUCAGAAUGGGCCAAAUUCUUUUCAGAAUAAUUAUAGUUUUUGUUUUAAAGGUUUUUUAUAUUUCAGCUUUUUAUUUUCAAAUCUGUUUUUCAGCAUUAAAAAAUUCUUUAAAAUUUGUUAGGGGAAUAAACCCCCAACUUCUUAAUAAAGAUGCUUUCCUACAUUUCACUUGUGCUUUCCUUAUCUGCGUGCUUAAACAUUUGAGUAGUGUGUUUUACUUGUCCGGGAAUUUUUAAAGAACCAUAGGCUGUAUGCUGUCAAAAACAAGACAGAACUUAUCAUUCAUGAGGCAUCAAAAAGUUGCCAAUUGUGGAACUUUAUUCUGUGUCGCAAUUGUAAUUUGGAAUCUUACCUACAAUGUGAUGAUAAUGCUGGAUAAUGCUUUCCAGUACUAGUACAUUUUGCCAUGCAGCCACUCUUGCCUGUAGGCAAAAGUGAAAUGUCAUAUUGUCCCUCUCUUUUUAUUUUGUGAAAUAUUGUCAUUAAACAAGCAUCAGUUAUUACAUGAUUUAGUAAUCCAUUCCAUUACCCCAGGGAUUUUUGUGACUCAGUCCCAUUGUAGAAUAUACCUCAUUGUUCCAACUUUAAAUACAUCAAAUUAGUCUGUUGAUCUCCCAAGUCUAAAUGUUUGUAAUAGACGCUUUAUUUUCAAUUAAGUUAGAGGUUGUCAGGAGACACCUCGACAUAUGAUUAAUUUAUUUUUUUUUUUAAUGUACGGUGUUGUCUUUGUUCACAUAUCACUUUACUUUGCAUUUAGUGGGUGUGACUUUUACAUUACGCCUCUAUCUUCUCAGUAAAUCCACUAAAGUCUUCUCAAACCAGCAUGUAAAUGAGCUUGGUGGUAGCAAGUCAGAUACUGAUUUCAUUAUCUCAACUAAUAUCAGAAAAUUAUUUGGAUCAACGUAAGUGUGAUGCCAAGAAAAAAUCGGUGUAAUUACAGUGAGCAUUUUGGGGGUAGCAUUGUCUGCCUACUGAAGAACAGAGUUCUUUAAACAGCAAAAUAGUACCCCUUAAGAUUAUUACAAGAGUCCCUAGAAAUUUGUGUUUUGUUUGGUAACUUUGUUUUAAGAAAAGGAGAAAAUCAAGCAUUUGCCAGACAUUUACCAUAUUCAUUCUACUUUAUUAUUCAUGUUUUAUUGGUUUGAUAAACACUGCUGGAAUCAAGUGCCUUCAUGCUGUAUUUCCUGUUUGCCUUUUUCCCCCAAACUGUCUUAAUUAGGUUUUUAUUUGAAAGAAUCUACUGUUGGUUUUGUCCACUGAAUAGCUACUGCUUUUAUUUUCUUCCAUGUGCAUUUCUUUUGUAUAUACUUACUUAUUCAUUAAAAGGAGUGCAUUUAUUCAUGAACUAUUUCACACAUUAAAAAAAAUAAAAAUUAUCGUUUCAGUCGUAUUCACUCGACUGACCUGACCAUAGUCCCGUUUACCUACCAAGAUGUCUAACUGUGUCUGUUCUUAUUUUUAUAUUUUCUUCUAUGCUUCCCUGGUGCUCUGUCGUUGCUGUUCUCUCUUGUGAAGUGCCGUGCCUCUUU